AUGGCAACAGAAGUACUAGCAACAGUCGUCUCAGAAGUAGCUAUUUACAAUGUGUCGACUGCGUCAUCAGAUGUUAGCUACGAAGCACGUCUUAUUUUCCAGUGGAUCUGUUUCGCAAUAGUCUGUGAACUGGUGGACAUCUUUGGCACGGCUACAAACAUCAUCAAUAUCAUCUGUUUCAUCAAACAAGGUUUCAGGGAUCCGGUCAACGUUAGCUUACUGG